AGUCCGAGUUAGAUGGAGCCGCCCAAUACAGCGCCUGAUUGUGUACCAAAUACACGUGGGCGUGACUUCAAGGCAAUACAGGCAGUAUAAAAAUUGACGCCCCGUAAGAAUGUUGUUCGACGAGCUCAAGAACCGAGUGCGCCAUGUCGUCCACGCCGAUCACGGUGCUGAUCACCGGGGCCAACAAAGGCCUGGGCUUCGAGAUGGUGCGUCAACUGUCGGAGGAUAAAGGGCGAGUGAAGAAACUGUUUGCCUGCUGCAGAGACCCAAAUGGACCCACAGCUGAAGCCUUACAUACACUGGCAAAAAAGUAUCCAGACAUCAUUGUCAUCGUCAAUAUGGAUGUCACUGAUGAGAGCAGCAUACAAGAGGCGGCCAAGGUGAUCACCCCACUCCUAGGCAGCGAGGGCCUCAACCUGCUCAUCAACAACGCUGGAUUGGGAUUGGAAUCAUCGCUGCAGACCGCCACGACAAAGGACAUGUUGGACUCUUUCAACACAAACGUUAUUGGUCCAAUGAACAUUAUCAAAGAGUUCCUUCCUCAUCUUCGGACAGCAGCGAAGGCCAGCAAGAUUUCAGGGAUGUCCUGCAACAAAGCAGCUGUCAUUAAUAUCUCCGCGAUGGAAGGUUCAAUGGACGUGACAAAGGAGACUUAUUCAUACAUGGCUAUUGUGCCAUUCCGUGUCAGUAAGGCCGCUUUGAAUAUGCUGACAGUGUGCGCUGCGGAGGAGAUGAAGAAGGAGAAGAUCCUGUUUUCACUGCUGCACCCUGGAUGGGUGCGCACAGAUACUGGUGGACCAGAGGGGGAAAUUGAUGCCCAAACCAGCGUGAAGGGGAUGCUUAAAGUGAUGUCCACCAUGAAAGAUAAGCACAAUGGAAUCUUCCUGGAUUACCAGGGCAGCCCCAUGCCUUGGUAGCAUCACAUCAAAAUGAACCAAAAUAAAGUUAUUCUGCUUACUUGGAUAAA